UUACUGUAUAUAUUUAGCUAACAAUCUAAUAUAAUUUGAAAUGUCUACCAGUAUCAGUAUUGCAUAGUAUGAAUGACCAAAAUGGAUUUCCGUUGCUUUGCAAUAUUUGGAAUGGUUUUAUUGUUCAGCUUCAAUGUGUGCUGUAAUACUUGCGUUGACCACCGAAAAAUAUUUGUAAACAAAACAGGUGUUAUAACAGAUGGAGAAACGAAAUACAAACAUAUUGCGAGAUGUGAAUGGCUGAUAAAGGGUGAAGAUGAUGAGACUGUUACGGUUAACAUAUCUAAGUUUCACAUGGAAUGUGGAUACGACUAUCUUUACAUUCAUGAUGGCUCAUCUCGUUCUGACAAACUCCUUGCAAGGAUAAAUGGACAGCAUUCUAAUAUAAUAAUUUCCUCAACUGGACCAAUGAUGUAUUUCAUUUUGUAUUCUGAUGGUCACGUGGACGAUCAUGGCUUUUCUCUUAGCUACAAAAUUACUAAAUGCCCAAGAGACUGCUCUAAUUCCGGUUCCUGUAAAGAUGGUGUCUGCAUUUGUUUCGGCACCAAUUAUGGGUCAUUUUGUCAAUAUAAUGGAUGUCCUAACCGAGAUCUGACUAGUGGAAACUGCAAUGUCACGAAGAAGAAGUACACAUGCAGUCCUGGCUUUUAUGGAGAAGCAUGCUCAAUAUCCUCAAAACCUAACACUGGCCUAAAUGUGUGGGAUUAUGUAUCCAGCGGGUCUGAAUUUUUUAUUUCACGAGCAAGCCAUGUUGCUGGAUAUAUACCAUCUUGGAAUGUACUGUUAGCACAUGGAGGUUAUUCACUAAAUGGAUUACUUGAUGAUCUUGUCAUGUUUAACUUUUCCACAAACACUUGGACUGUCAUCCAAGUUAAUGAGGACAAACCAAGUGCAAGAUCAGGUCACUCAAGCGUUGUUUAUGAAAACUCACUGAUCAUAUAUGGUGGCGUUCUUGCUAAUGAGUCUCUGUCUAAUGAACUUUGGUGUUUUAACAAUUUGUCUCUUUCCAAGUGGACUUUGUUAAGUAAAGACCCUAACAUACCUGGUCUUGAAGGACAUACGGCAACCCUUGUUGGUUCAAUAGUUUACAUCUUUGGCGGAAGAAUGGAUGGGGAUCUCGUAUCAUCUCAAAUGCUAGCAUUUAAUUUAUCUUCCAAUCAGUGGUUACAUUUGCCACUACCAACCUACGCAAAAGAAUUUGAUCUUCGAUUGCAUAGUCAUACUGCCUGUUACUAUGAACAGUUGCAUGUUAUUAUUGUUUUUGGAGGAUUUCAUUUAACGUCAAUACGAGAAAUAACAUACCCUACAAACCAGAUGUUGAUGUAUGAUAUUGCAGCAAAUGCAUGGACAAGAUUGCACACUAUUGGAUCCAAUCUACCACCACCAAUUGCACUUCAUACAGCUGUUAUUACUGGUGAUUAUAUGAUCAUACAUGGUGGUUGGAUUAAAGCAGAAAAAAAAUGUGGUACCUCCAAAAAGCUAUAUUUUUACAAUUUAAAAUGCCAAACUUGGGUUUCUGAAAAAGUCUUAACUUCUGGCCAUUUGCCAAACAGUAUCGCAGCUCCUCGCUAUUCUCAUUCAGCAGUAAAAAAAGACAAUCAAACGUUAUUGUUUUUGGGUGGUUAUGACAGAAUAAAUGUUCUGGCUGAUCUAAUUUCGUACAAAGUUCCGAAAACCAUUGUUUACAUAAACGAAACAACGAGCAUGAUAGUUUACGGUCAGCAUUGCAGUUUAUAUGAAAAUUUAGAAAAAUGUUUGGAAGAUCCUGCUUGUAUUUACUGCGAUGAAGACAUUGGGUAUUGCUACCCAAAUACUCCAACUACUUCAUACUCCUGUCCAAUCUCUUCGCAAACAACAUCCUCUGAAUGCAUUGGUAUUUGUCAACAUAUGUCAACAUGUAUAGCUUGUGCAGCACAGCCAAGUUGCAAGUGGUGUCCCCUUAACAUGAAAUGUUUUAAUAAAUAUACCGCUCUGUCAAGUUGCUCACAAAAUAUUGAGGGCUGGUGGGGAGGCAAGUCUAUGAACUUUCUUGAUAAUGUGACACAAUGCCAGGUUGAGGAUAAACCACCAGGUUUAACAUACGUUAUUUAUCAGAAAUCAGAAAAUAUGGAUUACCCUGAUGACGUUGGGAUUGUAUUUAGUACAUCUUUUAGUAAUAGAAUUGUAGUAAAACAGAAGAUUAUGUUUCAUGGUUUUGUGUAUCCUUACUUCAGAUUCAGCAGAACAUAUGAUACAAACUUUAUAAUGACUUUAAAUGGGAAAAAUAUUCACAUAAAUUUAAAUAUAUCAAUUGAAAACUGGAACAGGUUGCAGAGGCGUGUGGCAGUUCUUCCCUAUAGUAUUGACUGGAAAUCAAUUAAAGUGGAUAAUGGACAAAUUUUCCCUGUUGUUAGUGGAGAUGAAAGAAAGAAAUUACUCUGGUAUUACUUAAAGUUAGAAGGGGAUGCAUCCUCGCCGCCUCAAUUUGAGUUACGGUGGAAUCAUUCUGAUAUUACCAGCUUGAGUGAAUAUUUUAUCACAAAGAGCUAUCUGCAACCCUUUUACGAUGGUAACUGCAGCAAGCGAGGUUCCUGUGCUAGUUGUAUGAUUGAUUCAUCCUGUGGAUGGUGUCCAGUAACCAAUAAAUGUAUGUUACGAACUGACUGGAACAUGUGCAAAACAAAGACAUUGUCCCAAGUUUAUUUGAUAAGAACAUAUUCUGAAUGCGCUAUAUGUAGCCAUCACAUGACAUGUAAUUUUUGUUUGCAGGAUCAAUUCUGUUCAUGGUACUCAACUAAAUGUGGCAGAAAAAAUCUUACUGGGAAGCCUGUUGAGAAAAUUGCAGAUUGUCCUAUAUCUUGUGAGAAACGCAAGAGUGAAAUGGAGUGUGUUGGUGGAAUGGAGUCUCAAGGGUGCAUGUGGUGUACAGAGAAACAAGUUUGCAUUCCGUAUUCACAGUUUGGACCAAAAAAUCAUUUUGGUCAAUGUCAUGGUUUUCACACCGAAAAGAAACAGAUGCCGAAAGAAUGCACACAGUUCCGAUCAUGCUCAACCUGCUUAGAUCAUUAUAAAUGUGGUUGGUGCUAUGAUCGAAGUGAUCCUAGAAAUGGAAGCUGUUUUAGUGGAGAUUUUUCAGGGCCAGAAGUCAACUGCUCCUUGGUAUUUUACUACGCCAGUGUGCCAUUUAAUGCCAGUAAUUCAUCAUGGGCUUAUAAUAGAUGUCCAGAUGUUAAUGAGUGUGCAUUGGGGUUGGCUAAAUGUGCUCAAAAUUCUACUUGUUUGAACGUUUAUGGAAGUUAUCAAUGCCCGUGUGAUGAUGGGUUUGAAGGUGAUGGUAAAAAACUGUGUGAAAAGACGUGUUGGCCAAAGUGUGAUCAUGGCACAUGCAAUAUGACAACAUAUCAGUGCAAAUGUGACUUAGGUUGGAAGGGCGAUAAUUGUUCGAUAGAUUGUGGCUGUAAUGGACAUAGUAGUUGCGUCAAUCAAACUGGUGUGUGUGACAAGUGUCAAGAUUACACAACUGGUGAACAUUGUGAGUUUUGUGUGAAUGGAUCAUUUGGAAACGCCACCACAUUGCAGGGCUGUAAAAAGUGUGACUGUCAUGGUCACGGUGAUCCAUCAUUGAAUUAUUGCAAUGCAAUUGAUGGCGCAUGCUUUUGUCUAAACAACACCCGUGGAAACGAUUGUUCCACCUGUCUUCCUGGAUUUAUUGGUGAUCCAAAGCGUGGAAUUUGUUUCUUGCCAUGUGAACGAGCUAACCUCAUAACGAACGAAACAUCCGGUUAUUUGAGCCCUUACAACUAUGGAGGUACUGUCUAUUCAACUUGCUUGUGGGUGAUCUCCACUGUUAAUACAACCACACAUGGCUUGAUAUAUGAAAAGCAUGCAACCACAAAGAACAUCCUUUUUAAAAUAACUAAAAUUGAUGCUUCUUGUUAUGAUUCAAUGCUGAGCAUCUACGACAGUGUGCCACCAAAUCCUCGCACAUUGGAUGUAAUAUUAAAGUCUCCUUACAAAAGUAAGGGCAAAGUUUGUGGAGUUAAGAAAGACUUGUAUUUUCGUUCUGAAACAGGAACUCUAAGUGUAUGGUAUAAGGGGAAAUCUUCAAAGCUUGACAUUAGCCAAAAGUUUGAAUCAUCAGGCUUUCUAGCUACCUAUGCUAUAUUAAGUUGCCCAGAUCAAUGUCCUUUACCAUACAUAUGCAAAUUAACUGCUAAUGGAGACAUAUGUACCUGUGCAGAUGGUUGGUUUGGAGUGAAGUGUGAGCAUGAAAAAUGUCCAAAGAAUUGUAGCCAGAGCAUUGGCCAAGGUGUAUGCGACCAGAAAACAUUUCAAUGUUCUUGUGAAGCUGGUUUUACUGGUAAAGAUUGUGGGGAGUUGACAAACAACAAGUAUGUAAUGACACAUGUACAUGGUGUAUCAAUUGGACUGAAAAAUGUGGAAAUUGAACGUUUUGCUGCCACUAUGACUUAUUACAAAAACGCACUAUAUGUGUUCGGUGGUGUUGGGAGCAGCGAUAACGUUGUGCUUCAGUUUGACACAAUCCUAAACAAGUGGUUAAAAUUAGAUGUUGUUGGAUCUGUCCAACCUUCAUCAAGAUAUCUGGCAUGCUCAUUUUUGUACAAGGAUGCUAUUUAUUUAUUUGGUGGAGUGACUAAUGAGGGUGUCACAGAUGAGCUUUGGAGAUUGGAUAUGCUGACAAAAUCAUGGUCCUAUCUGAAUACCACUGUCAAGAAUCUUCCCAGGAUAGCAGGACAUUCUUGCACAUUGAUUGAUGACACUGUGUUUCUGAUUGGAGGUUACCAUCCCUUGGAUGGCUUGCACGAGUAUAUAACUAAAAUUAACAUGGACACUUUGAUAGAUGACGAAUUAAAGUUUGAUGAACUGGAACCAGCAGGUAUGUAUGGUCAUGUAGCAGUCUACGACAUUGCAACAAAGAAAAUAUACAUUCAUGGUGGAAUGGCUCUUUCUAAUGAUAAAAUUCAGCCAUCUAACCGAAUGUUUGUGUUUGAUCCUUUCAACAUAAACUGGAAUAUACUUGAUCAGAUGCUGAAUGAAGGGGUGCCAGCAUUAGUCGGUCAUACUGUGCAAAUGAUCAAUGAUACUGCAUAUGUAUUUGGUGGCUACUACAAUGACUUUAACAAAGAUCUUUAUGCAUGGAGAAUCAGUUGCAAUCACUGGACGAAAAUUGAUAAGCAAGAUUGGUCGGGCAAUGGAGACUCUAACUUAAUGUUUAGUUCCUCUACUCGAGUAAACAAGACAAUAUAUUUGUAUGGCGGAUUUAAUGAUCACAUAUCAUCUCAAGUAGUUACCGUCAAUGUAGCAAGAGAUCUAUGCAAUCGUCAUGUGACAAGAAUUGAAUGUUUGUCUCAAAGAAUAUGCAACUGGUGUCAGGACCCAAUAACCAACAAGUCGUCUUGUUACGAAACAACUGCACCCUCUUAUUGCAGUCUCAACACAUCAAUUGUUGAGAAUGGUGUCUCGUGCACAUAUUCCGUUCAGAAAGAAAGAGCUUGUGGUACAUUCUCUUCUUGUUUGUCCUGUCUAGCAACUCACCCAACUGGACGUCAAACCUGCAAGUGGUGUAUAUGCACACAAUCUUGCAUGCCAUUAAACUCCCUGUGUAGUUGCACAAACCCUGUGAAAACAAGAUUGAACGAAUGCAUUAAUUUCUAUUGUAACACAGCUACAUGCAGAAACUGUAACAGUGAUUGUAUAUGGACAUCCUAUUUCGUUACAUUGUCCGAAACUAUGGUUGAUCAUUUAAGACUCGGCUCCUCUACGUACAAUUGCUUUCCCAAAUCACUCAUCAAACAGCUAAAGUCAGAAAAAGAUCAAAACAAUGUGAGGAAUGAUGCUGCAUCUUGCAAACCAACAUGUAGUACUCACCAGUCUUGUUCAGAAUGCCUCAAAGGGACAGGUGACUUUGCUGGCACUCCUUCGUGUUUGUGGAGCGAAAAAUUAUCUCAAUGUUUAUCCCAUACAUCACUCGCUGUCAUGUGCACCUUUGGUAGAUGCGGGCAACUCUACGUACCAAGUAUGCGAGAACAGUGCCCCAAAGCAUGUUCAAUGUUUGACCGCUGUUCAGCUUGUGUGAAAGAAAACCAUUGUGGCUGGUGUGCAGAAAACGAUCAAGGGAAGGGAACUUGUAUGUCUGGUGAAUACUCAGAGCCAUAUUCAGAGAAGUGCGGUGUAUCUCUAACGAGUAUAAACGAACCUCAAGUGAUUAUUUCAAAUUCAUCUUCCAAAUAUACUUGGGCGUAUGCUCUGUGUCCAUUAGAGAAUGAAUGUUUAAACGGGCAUCAUGAUUGUGGAGAAUAUGAAGAUUGCACAGAUCUACCUAAUAGAUUUUCAUGCACGUGUAAACCGGGCUAUAACUCAACUAGUAUUAAUGGAAAAGAACAAUGUCUGCCUGUCUGUAACGAUGGUUGUGUGAAUGGCAAGUGUAUCGCACCAAACAAUUGCACCUGUUCAUUUGGAUGGACAGGAAAGAAUUGUAGUACGUCGUGUGAAUGCAACCAACAUAGUCAUUGUGAUGAUCCGAACAUUUGUUUAAAGUGUCUGAAUAAUACUCAGGGCAAAUCAUGCGAAGAAUGCAAACCCCUCUAUGUUGGAAACUCAACAAACGGUGGAGUAUGCACCCCAUGCUUGAAAAUAUGUGAAAAUAACGCAGCCGUAUGCAUAACGAGGGCUGAGAAUGUUUCUUUUUCACAAGAAGUCAAAGAGAACACGACGCUAUUAAAAGAGCGACUCAAAUUCGGACCUAAAGAUUCGUCGGAUGCGGUGUGCUUAGAUUGUCGUGACAACAGCGAGGGAAAAUUAUGUGACACUUGUGUUGAUGGUUAUUUUCGUACUAUUCUCAAACAUUGCAUUAAAUGUAUGUGUAAUGGUCAUGCAUUCACGUGUAACAAGACGACAGGAACGGGGUGCGAUUGCAAACAAAACACUAUUUCCGACUUUACUUGCAAGAAAAAUUGUUAUCAACAUCAGUGUACAAAGUGUGCUCCAAAGUUUGAUGGCGAGCCAAUUCAAAAUUAUCAGUGCUACUUGAAAGUGGCUUCUCCGUUUGAAAAAGCAGUCUUGUCACCAGAGAAGACCGACUUCUUUGUUGUCUCUCCCGAUUAUAAAAAUGUCGACAUUCGGUUGAUUAUUGAUGUUCUAGUUGGAGACAUGGACAUUUACCUUACUGACUCCAAAAAGAUAUUCAAAGUUGAUGUAAGCAAGACGAAUUUAACCCACGUGUUACGGGUUGAACCUGUACCUUCCUUUCGAAGAAGACGCUCUCUGGAUAACAUACGUCGCAUUCAAGCUUCAAAGGAUCUUGUCAUCACUUACACUGAGUACGGCGGGGGCGUGUUACAUGUUAGUGGCGUCAAAAAACGCCUCAUAGUAACGGUGCGCCACAACGCCCAUAACUUGAGUAACAAACGUUUCUACAUCGCUUUGUCGGCGAUCAAUAAAACUACAAAUUCACAAGCUUUAAUUUACUACCGUCAAGACUUACCUAGAAUUAACUUGCUUUUAUUUUUUCUCGUACUGACUGUCAUCCUGUUAUUAAUAUUAUCCGGUUUUAUACUUGGUUGGAAAAUACGUGCUGAUUACGCCCAACAACGCGUCAUGCAGCAACAACGCAUUCAGAUGGACACAAUGGCUAGAAGGCCGUUGGCAAUGUAUAAACUAAGAUGCGAACGUAACGAAGACGUAGAAACUUUAAGGAGGCGGAAGCGAAGGAAUAGAUAUAAACUUCCGCAUAUAACGCCCUUGGCGGUACAAAAUACAGAGGACGGUCACGCUGCUAUAGUCACCAGCAUGAUCCAAUUUCCAGGGAAUGAAUUAUCACCGUGGAAUAUCCAUCUUGCUAGCGGCUUGUGUUUUGCACAAAAUCAACACUUAGUACAUGUCCGGACUGUCAAUCAGGGAAUACAAGGCAGGCCUGUCAAUACGCGAAUACUUAACACUUUAACGUGAAUAUUCUGAUUUCUUUCUACUAAAUUUUAUUAUAUGUUUUUACUGUAUUUUGUCGCUUUUAUUAAUCUGGUUGUUGCUGAAUUUUUUUUAUUAUUUUCUUUUUUAUUGACGCAGUUUAUUACGAAAUGUGAUUUUAUUCUUUAUAUCGAAACGAAUGUGUUUAUAGGUUCUAAUGUUGGUGAGUGACGAUCAGUUUGGUAGGGACAUGCUGUUUAAGUUGUAAGAAAAUCUUAACAUCGUUUUUUCUGGAAGAAUCAGGCCAUCUUUAUAGAUGGUCUCAAAGCUUACCUCUCAUUUAAAAACAAGUUGAUUUCAUACGAAAGAACUCUAAAAGCUGUCUCUGAAUAUUUUUUUUUGGAAAUAUCUUGAUUUGUUUUCCAGAUAUAGGGCUUAAUCAUUUCUCUAGUUUUAUGAAAUUAUGACAUCAUCAAGUAGUCGAAAAAAUUAGUUAAUUCUACCAAUCAUGAUUGUAAUUGCUAAAUAUAAAAAUUGAUGUAAAAUGUUUUAAAAUCGAACUGAGUGGCUAAACACACACCUUAUUCAGGAAACUUGGUGACGUAACGCAUAAUUAGUGACACUUGGAAGUCCUAAACGAUAUGCAAAUUUCUAGACAACUUUUAAGCGUAUUUCGUAUAAAAUCGACUUGUUUCAAAGAGGUAUGCUUUAAACACUUAGAAAAUGAACCUUUUUUAAAAAAGUAACAAGAAGCCCUGGGGGCUCUAAGAAUUUCCGCGCGCUACCAAAAUAUUUGAUGAAAACCUGCUAAUUCGUUGUGUUAUUGUGCCAAACAUUCGAAGGGGCUUGGUGCAUGAACCUCUGAAGAUAAAGCCCAUCAGUGACAUUAUAUCUUACAACAAACGCAAACAAAACGAAACGUGUCAUAAUAAACUCACAUUUUAAAAGAAAUUGCUAACAAAAAAUACAGCCUAUCAUUCAAGGUUGAAAGUCUUGCGAUUGAGACGUUUAUGGUCUUAAACGGUAUUAGUUGACAAAAAAUCAAAAUUUUGAUGUAACCAUCAUUUUCAGCAUACUUUUUUUAUUAACUGUGUCAAUUUUUGUCGAAAAUAAAGCAGUUUUAAUUUUUGGAUAAAUUUUGGCCUGAAAUGACAUUUAGGUGACAAAAAAUCAAACUUUUGUACCAUCAUCAUUUUCAGCAUACUUUAUUUGUUAACCGUGCCAGAUUUAGCCGAAAAUGAAGUGGUUUUAAUUUUUGGACCAAUUUUGGUCUAAAAUGGCAUUUAGGUGACAAAAAUCAAAAUUUUGAUGUCACCAUUAUGUUUAGCAUACUUUUUUUGUUAACUUUGCUAAUUUUUGUUGGAAAUGAAGUAGUUUUAAUUUUUGGACCAAUUUUGGCCUAAAAUGGCAUUUAGGUGACAAAAAUCAAAAUUUUGAUGUCACCAUUAUGUCAGCAUACUUUUUUUGUUAACUUUGCAAAUUUUUGUUGAAAAUGAAGUAUUUUUAAUUUUUGGACCAAUUUUGGCCUAAAAUGACAUUUAAGGUGGCAAAAAACCGAAAUUUUGAUGUCACCAUCAUGUUCACCAUACUUUUUUUGUUAAUUGUGCCAAAAUUUGUCAAAAAUAAAGUAGUUUUAAUUUUUGGACCAAUUUUGGCCUAAAAUGACAUUUAGGUAACAAGAAAUCAAAAUUUUGAUGUCACCAUCAUGUUCAGCAUACUUUAUUUGUUAACUGUUCCAAAUUUUGUUGAAAAUAAAGUAGUUCUAAUUUUUGGACCAAUUUUGGCCUAAAAUGACAUUUAGGUGACAAAACUCAAAAUUAUUAUGCCACCAUUAUGUUCAGCAUACUUUUUUUGUUAACUGUGCCAAAUUUUGUCGAAAACAAAUACCAAUUUUGGCCUGAAGCGUCAAUACUAGACUUCCCAGUAGUUAAGGAGCUUGGGUACGAAGUUUACAUCUGUGACGGACCAACGUGAAAUCCCAGGGUCGAUUUUUUCUCAAAAAAUGCUCCGAAAGAAAAAACGACGGUUUUAAAGAAUUUCCUACGCCUUCGGGCGCGGAAAUUCAACAAAAAGUGGUUCUUAAUUAUCAUGCCUUUAGAAGAGCUGUUUUCACUUUUUUGCUUGCAGAAGAAAUAUAUAUAUAUAUGCUUAUAUAUGUACAAAAAAUUUUUUAUCCGUCCUCUAGAAUUUGUUAGAAGCAAAAACAUUUUUUUUUAAAAAAUUUUGUAAUAUAAAUAUAGAGCCGUGAGGUGUGUCUCUCACUGAGGGACUUUUAUAUACGAAAAUUUCUUUGCAGGACAGAUGUAUAAAUUGUAAAUUAAGAAUGUAAAAAAAGAGAAAUAAUAAGCUUGA